CAUAGAUGACGCGUAAUUCAUGUUGUCGCCGCAUUCUUUUUUCUUUUUUGUUUCAACUGUUGUCACUCGUAUCACUCGUAUACAGUAUACACAAUCCCAUAGUCCCAAGCUAAAGCACACAUUUGCAGUCAUGCUUACCACACCAAAAAAAUAAUACGCUGGCGAGUGCGCAGUGGUGACUCCUUCCUCCCCAUAUGCCUCCUGCUCCGUGAUCCGUUUAUCGCAAGUUUGGACUCCGAUCAGAGAUAGUGGCAGAUAGUACUGCGUCUGCAUCAGACCAAGUGAAACAUAUUGCGUUUAUUUAUACGUUAGAAAAUCAACAAAUUCCAAACGUUUCAAUUUAUUUGGUAAAAUACAGUUUAUCGCCUUUCGUUUCUUCCUACAUCGUCGGUUCCUUUAUACUUUGCGUUAAAUAUCCGGCGAGUUAAACGAUGACCUUGCAAGCUAUUAAAUGGGAAAAUGGAAAACUCGAAGUUCUCGAUCAAAUACUACUACCGGCGAUUUCGAGGUACGUCGUCGUCAACGGGGUUGAGGACGGAUGGAAAGUUAUCAACAAAAUGCAGGUUCGAGGAGCCCCUGCAAUUGCAAUCGUCGGCUGCUUGAGCUUAGCUGUUGAACUAAGAAAUGAAAAUUUUGAUGACAAGAGCAGUUUGCGCAGUGAAAUUGAAGGAAAAUUAAACUAUUUAGUUUCUGCGAGGCCCACUGCUGUGAACAUCAAAAGAGCAGCGGAAGCUCUCAUCGAUGUGGCCAAUGCACUCAGCACAGAUGACAGUGUGUCCGUUAGCCAAAUGAGUGAGAAAUUCCUCAAAGAAAUUGAUUCCAUGCUGGAGAAAGACAUUGCUGACAAUAAAUCAAUCGGCGAUUAUGGAGCUGACGAAAUAUUGAAAAGCGUCUCUGAAGAUAGCUUGGUACGAGUUUUAACUCACUGCAACACAGGUAGUCUUGCAACUGCUGGCUAUGGGACUGCACUUGGUGUUGUGCGAUCGCUCCAAAACAAGAAAAGACUCGAACACGUGUACUGCACAGAAACGAGACCGUACAAUCAAGGUGCACGCUUGACAGCGUAUGAAUUGGUGCACGACAAAAUACCGGGAACAUUAAUUUGCGAUGACAUGGUUGCUGCUCUCGUUAAAUCGAGAAAAAUAUCUGCCGUUGUCGUUGGAGCAGACCGAGUAGCUGCUAAUGGAGACACUGCCAAUAAAAUUGGAACUUACCAGAUUGCUAUUAUUGCGAAAUAUCACGGUGUACCAUUUUACGUCGCAGCACCUCGAACCUCUAUUGACUUGCAGCUUUCCAGUGGUGAUCUUAUCCCAAUCGAAGAACGCCCAGAACGCGAGAUGACUCACAUUUAUGAUCAACGAAUUGCCGCGAACGGAAUAUCGUGCUGGAAUCCAGCUUUUGAUAUAACUCCAGCAGAUCUUAUUACGGGUAUAAUCACGGAAAUCGGAGUGUAUAAGCCCGAGGAUUUGAAAACUCUUCGAACAAUGGAAUGUGCCAAAAAAGACUGAGAUCUUUACAAAUACAAUGAUAAAACAUUGGAGCCACUCAGAAUUCGAAAAUUUUAUAAAAAUAAUCUCAACUGAAGGUGAACGCAGCUCAACCCAUGCAUGAAGAAGUCAACAUUUGUAUUUCUGCAACGCUAUCGUUGUGCACUGUAACUCAUCUCGAUGAAUGAAUCAAUUAACCGAUUGAAAAACCAGUUCAAGUUUCCAAGACCGAUUAUGUAUUUUUAUAAAUAACGUAUUGAUGUUAAUAAACCAUUAAUGGAGAAA